UACAUCAAUGUUGUCAUUAGAGUCAUGACUUGUUUACAAGUUAUAACAAGUUAACCUUUACAAGAGUUCUUUUGAGGUUUGUAUUAUAUGCUUGAGUGUAUUAAUUGACAAAUCUUUGCUAUCAGAAUGCCACCUAAGAGAGGUCGCCCUGUGAGAAAUAAUAACAAUCGCAGAAACCAUAAUGCCAUACCAGAAGAACCCCAAAAUGAUCAAGAACAUAACCCACACCCUCCGCCCCCAACUAGGAGAGUCGAGGAACUCUUUUUAAAACAAAACCCACCUACGUUUGGUGGGACGAGCGAGCCGGCUGAAGCCGAAAUUUGGGUGCGUGCAAUGGAGCGCAUCUUCAACUUCCUACGUUGUACUGAUGAGGAGCGCCUCUCUUGCGUCUCAUUCCAGCUGACAGGAUCAGCUGAUUUUUGGUGGGAGGCACGUCGAAAAACUAUGACCCCUGAACAAUGGGCAAUUUAUACGUGGGAAGAUUUUAAGGCGGGAUUAUAUGACAAAUAUAUUCCGAAAAGCUAUAGGAAGAAGAAAGAGGCUGAAUUCUACGAUUUGAAGCAAGGAAAGAAAUCUGUGGUUGAAUACGAUAGGGAAUUCUGCAACCUGGCUAGAUUUGCUCCACAACAAGUGGACACAGAUGAGAAGAUGGCAGAAAAAUUUUGUGCCGGUCUGAGGCAUGAAAUUAGGAUGACUCUAGCAAGCCACGGAGGACUCUCAUACACGGAGUCUUUGAACAGGGCACUUGACAUUGAAGCUGCAAUGCCAUCGGAUAAGUCAGCUCCACCACUGACCUCGACGCCAAAUAACCCACCAGCACCCUCACAUACUCUCAAAGGGAAGCGCAAAUGGGGCAACACUGAAGACAAUAUCAGUCAAGCCAACAAGAGAGUAUGGCAAGAAAAUGAACAGGCCGAACAGUUUAAUCAACAAAGGCAUGAGACACAGACUAACUCCGACCCAACUAGGGGUAACCGAGGUCAGCAAGGAAUUUCACCUUGCCCCAAUUGCGGUAAGAUGCAUAGGGGUAUCUGUCGGGCUGGAACUAACGGGUGUUACAAUUGUGGCCAAAAAGGUCACUACUCCACACAGUGUCCCAACAGACAACAAGGUUCAACAACUAAGCCCACCCACACCCAUCCCUUACAAGCAAUACGCGGACACCUUCAAAUUCAGCCUCAAGAACAACAGUCACCACAACAGGGGGCAACUUAUGCUUUUAACCAGGGACACUUGGAAGGUUGAGCUGUGAUGGAUGAUGAAGUGUUGCUGAGUGGAGCUUUUGUCAAUUUGAAAUUAGGCUCAGAAAAGAUAUAUGUCUGCAUACAUGUAUCUCAGUUAUGUCUUCCGCUGCAAACACUGAUUAUGUUUUAGUCAAGUCUAUAACUAUGUGAAUUACUCUUCAAAGAAAUAUCUAAUGCUUACUCGGGUUCAUCGAGUAUCUUUUUU